AUGCUCUCCUUCCGCGAUAUCGCGCGCACCCCCGAUGACGCCGAUGUCCUGCAGACCAGCCUGGAGGAGCUGCACCGACGCCGCCACGCAAAGCAGCAGCAGCAGCAGCAGGAACGAGAGCGAGAGCGGCAGCAGCGAGAGGAAAAUCCGCUCUUAGACGAAGACGCGUACAGCUGGAGCGUCGCAGAUGAACUCUCCUACCGCCGUGAAGUGCUCAACACGUGGGCGCGGCAGUACCCAAAGCUGCGAGAGGCCGUUGCAUCUGUGGGCACUGUCGUGUCACCGCGGAACGCCGCACCAUGGGGCACCGCAGAUACAACCCCUGCGGCGAAAGCUGCUCCAGUGUUCUCUGUCGUUGAUGUUGUUCGUCCACUGUACCCGUCACUGUGGCGAAUACCAGCAGGUACCAUCCCGGCCAACUUUUAUACGCACAGCGCGGCCACUGUGGCGGUGAAAGACCACAGCACUCAGUCGUGUCUGGUACGUGUCCGAUGGGAAGCAAUACGGGCGAUGGACCCGUCCGGCAGCAUUCCCCACGCACAACCUCAGCCGCAGCGUGUGUUGGCGCGGUGGCCCCAAGGCAAGCCGGUAUCCGCCAAGGUAGCCGCGGUUCUGCGCUCCAUCGGCAUUGAGAAACGAAACUGUGGGCAAUGUGGCAAAAAUGUUCGGUGGCGGCAGCAGCAAGAUGAAGAGGAAGCGUCCCAGCGGCAGCCAGACUAUCGAGCGUGGGAUCAUCACUCAGCAGCGUCAGCGAAGCUUUUCGGCAAUCGAGCGAGUAGCGCAGACAGCGCCAAAUCCGCCAUCAAGGUGGUUGCAGUAAACAAGCCCGACUCGAGAGUUAUGGCGGCUAGUGCUGGAGUCGAAGACGACGGCAACAGUGGCGGUGGCAGCGCUGCCGAUGCAUCUGAGAGCGCAUUGGGCCACGAGCUGUACUGGCCGGCACACAUCACCCGCAUUCGGGCACUCUUCAUGGGCGCAGCGUAUCUGCAGGACACCUUCCACGGCCUCAGUCAGUUGCAGCAGUACGAACGGUUUGAGCCAGUGCUCGCCUCGGCACUGGUAAGCCCACUACGCAUUGUUGUCGACGUGGUCUAUGCCAUUGAUGAGACCAGUGAGGCGCUCGGUCUGUCCAUCGACCCCCUCGUCCAGGUCGACACGACGACGUCUUUGAAGGCGUGCAAGGACGCGCCAACCAGCCGAGACUGCGAUGGACUGCGAAGUACCAGCCUGGAUAGUAGAAGCGACAGCAUCACACCUAGCCGCGGUAGCAUGGCUGCUCGUCGUGGCACCCUCUCUCCACGGGAGGCGCUCGCCGCAGUGGUGGAAGACGAGUGUCCUGUGCUUCUUCCCUCGUCACUACCGCCGGUGCUGUCCGACCUGAACUACGGCUUCAUGGCGACAUCGACGACUGCUGGUACUGCUGCUGGCGGCAGCGGCACUGCAGAGAGUCAACGGGUCGCCUCCCAGCGGAUGUCCCUUACAGACGACCCCAUCACCGCCAACGCCGCAGCACUGUGUCGCAGCACCCUCUCCACCAGCCCGUUGCCCCUCUACACCAUUUUGGCUGGUCCUGUGACCCAGACGCAUUCGAUCGUGCUUCUCCGCCCCACCCCAGACGUCGUGUGCACUGCCCGUGCACGCGCUUUGGAGGAGCUGGAGCAGCGGUGGAGGCGGCUUCGUCAGGCCCUCGCUGACCGACUUGUCACAUACGAAGAACAAGCGCCGACUGUAGCUGUCGUGCAGUCGUCAGCCCAGGCUACAUCACCCGCCCCAGUGCUGACUACGCCACCGGCAGCCACCACCACCACCACCCCGAGCGAGUCACUCUCGCAGCGGCGCUCGCUGUCGCCCUCGGCUAUCCUUACCGUGGAACUGCCCGACGUUGACACGUACGUCAGUCCGCUCAUCGACUGCAGUCCACAGCAGGACGAGGGACUGCCUGCGAAGCCGGCCGGUGCCAAGUCGGUGAUGAAAGGGGAGAUGCAGUAUUCGACGCGAGUGCCACAACUGCAGGGUGGACGUCUGCCACGGCAACCGCUUACAUAUCGGGUUGACAGCGCUCACGAUGUGUACGGAAGACGGCUGCAGCUUUCCUUUACCUCGUUGCGGCCGUCGCCAGCAGACACCGACCUGUGCAGUGCUGAGCACGGCGCGCACAACUCCAAGUCGCGCGCGCGCUCACAGCCAAGUCGCGCGAGUCAAUCUCCGCGUGGCAGCGACGCACGAGACGACGGGACGUGGGCUGCAGCAGCGGCACCGUGGUCCGUGCCCACGCCGCCCAAGUCGCCACUCCCUUCUCAGCUAUCUCCGUCCACGCCUCGGCAGACUCGCACCCCGCGCGCGGAUCAGGGAGCCUCGAGCAAAGAUGACGGCACAACUGCCGCUGCUGCGCCUCACCGUGACGCCAUGACUGCGCGAACGCCGCAGUGGGCGCGCGCUCCAGUGAGUCCAACCUCCGUUUGCUCGCUGGCUUCGACCGAUGGACUGGACGCACCCUACAACAAUGUGCCGUUCUCAAGCACGGAGGGCUUGCACAGCGCACUGCCUCCGCAUGGUCGGCGAGCAGAAACAGAGGAAAGCCGCGUCAUCUCAGCUGCUGUGCGCUCCGCCGGGGAGUGGCUACGACUAAGGCAGGCUGUGGCGCGCGCGCAGCGGCAGCCAGCCGCUUCGCCACAACCGCACCUACCCACCCUUACCAUUGAACCACGCUCGCCAAUGUCAUCGGAUGCAUUUCGGCUGGCAAACAACACCGGCCGCGUUAGCACUGCCGCAGCCACUGACUUCCUAGACAAAGCGCCGUCAUCAUCAGCCUUUCUGCCGCCUCGACGCCGCAGCCACGACGGUGACGACAGCCCGCAUCAUCGCAGGCGCAGCGAGAUGGAGUCUUGUUUGGUCGUCAUCGCCUCUUCGCGGACGGUGCCGGAGGGGCAACCGAUGACGGCGCUGCAAGAAGCGUGCGUGACGCCGCACCUUUCGUUGGAUGUGCACCACACGAUUAGCGACUCUGCACAUCAACAGAGCAGCACCGGCAGGGAUGGUGGCGUUGAGCGAGUGUCACCGCGCUCUGGCCGAGACGGGGAAGCGCCACCGACCCUUCUGCAGCUCCACUCGCGGGUGAGCAAAGGAGGGACGCUUAUAAUCCCCCACCUCAGCACCUGUGACGCCGCCUCCACGCCGACCAUGCACUCUUCCACUCCGUCGAUCCCCCCUUCCCCACCACCACACGCAGCUUCGCCCUCAACUCGAAUGAGCAUUUCUGCUGGUGCCACAGCACAGCCGCACGCUGAGGAUAACGGUCAGCCGCUGUCUAGUGUACGCCACACCAUCCGCCAGCAGUCUCGGAUACUCCUGUAUCACCCCGAUGCUGCUAGCAGUCGUGGCAACACCACGUACACGUCAGCCCAGCCCUCAGCCACGCCACCACCGGUGCUGUCGUCGGAAUCACCGCUGCAGCGCUCCCCAACGGUGAGCAGCACGAUGAGAGAGAGCUGCGGCGCCAGCGAUGAACCCCGCUCUGCUCUUACCCAUAUAUCACAGCCAGGGAAGGUGGCCUUAGUAGACUGCAAGGAGAAUGAGAAGGCACCCACCGCACCACAAGCGGCAUGUGCAACUGCCUCGGCAUCCUCCAGCUCGGGCGAUGAUCCCCCUAUGCUCAGCGGCACAGCGGCGUAUCUGUCCAACAUCCUGAUGGGUCCCCUCUUCGCUGCUGCUGCCGUCCAGAGGGCGUCCGCAAGUCGGCGAGCAGGCGCCGUUGCGUCGUCGUCGCCUCUGCCGACGCAAGCGGCGGCGCGCGAGUCACACAGCGAUCCUGCCUUGACAUCCGGCCCUCAGUCGUCUUCCUUACCCGCGUCGUCAGCGGCAGUGGCAGCGCCACGGGCACAUGUGCACUCGGUAUCGUCGCUACCGCAGCAGAAGGACGACGCGAUUGCCUCGAGCAACGAUCGCAACCACACCUGCGGCGCGGCCCCUGUGACAUCACCAAGUAGUGGUGCGGCGGUCGAGAAAGCGGAUCCGCAGCGGCCUCGCCGCCAGACCUCUCCGCUUCAGAGCAACACCAAUAUGGUGGGUGCAACGACCGCUUCAGUGAACCACCAAGUGGCCCAAGGCGGCAGUAGCCACACUAGUGACGCAGUGACAAGCGCUGAAAGCCCUCUGCCGCGCCGCCCUCAGUCACCGGCGCCGCCGUCAGUAGCAGGGGGGAACCAUGACACACGUGAAGCGGCGUCAACCUCGAUUUCCCCAUCGUCUGUGAAACCGCAGCCUUCAGCGGUGCGCGCAGACGUCACUAGCGCCGCGAGCCGCGCCAGGGGUGACCCAAGACUAUCUAGUCGUUUCGGGGUGAGCUCCAGCAGCCGAAAAGAUCACAGACAUGCGCUCCCAGAAGCACCAAAGACGGAAACCCCUCCCUCGACCGACGGUGACGCAGGAGACUCGCUGCGGCGACAUCAGCAGCAGCAGCAGCAGCACGCCGGCCUUGUGUCUGUGGCAGUGUCACGUGACGUUCUGUCCGAAUCCGGCAACCGCGAAGUAGAGCUGCCGGAACAACCGGUGCGCGUGUCGGGUGGGCUGACCUCGUGCUCAACUCCACAGCUACAGAAUCCAUACGUUAUCACCGCCAACGCGUCCGUCGCAGCGCCCGUUAGCUCCUGCGAGUUGGAGACGAACCUUGAGAACCUCAACCAGCCCAUGCACUCGAGUCGGGAGGAGUUGCCAGCGGCACAUCGGCAAGCCACAAACGCGAUACCAAGCCGCACAGCCAGCACGGACGUGCGUUCGUCGAAGCGGUCGGCCCAUCCACGUCACCGCCCUCUCAGUGAUGCAGUGCAAGCGAGUGCAACAUCUUCAUCCUCCCCCACGUUGUCUGCGUCAGCGCUGCCGCUACCGAAGAACCCGCGUCCCGCGCAGUGCAGAUUGUGGCGUAUGCAAUCCAUGAUCGUGGGAAGCACGGGCAACGAAAAAUUGGACGGGGUAGACCCGGUGGCGCCGGUCCCAUGCAGGCGACACACUGCUCCUCCACUUGCCACCUCGUCAGCGAGCUGGGCCUUCUCAGACCCUUCGAUCUCGCUAUUGUCCUCCUGGGUGGCCUCGUCGCGUGGCACGUCGCCUGCUCCCCAGGCGAGUAGUCAUUCCUCGCGAAGUAGCCGUGGCGGCGAAGGAAGGACUCUCGUCGCUCGCUCACACCAACGCACGUCCUCCUCGCAGUCCGGCCGUCAACACCAUCAUGACGUCAUCACGCUCUCACAGUCGCCGUCCACUACACGCAGACACAGAGUCCUCGUGCGCCGCGUGGUGCGUCGGCACCGCAGCGAAGUAUUCGUGGAAGAAGGUGGCACGUUAGUAUACCGCGCCCCCAUGGUGGCGUCGCACCACCUGCGCAGCGACGAGGGCAGCGGCAACGGCGAGAACGACACUGCAGCGCCGCUUCUGCUGUCCUCGUCGCUGGACACGAGAGCCGCGAGCUCCCACAGAGUACGCUGA